AUGUAUCACUUAAUUAAUGAAAUUAUUGGCAUUUCAUUAGGAAUAAUCUAUGAUGUGAUCGUGGAACCCCCGAGCGUAGGAUCAACGACUGAUGAGCAUGGUCAUACAAGGCCGGUGGCAUUUAUGCCGUAUAGAGUGAACGGCCAGUACAUUAUGGAAGGCUUGGCUUCAAGUUUUCUCUUCACUCUAGGUGGCCUCGGUUUCAUCAUACUGGAUCAGACUCAUUCUCCAUCCACUCCAAAGCUUAAUAGAAUACUUCUAAUUUCCGUUGGAUUUAUAUGCAUCACUGUUUCUUUCAUCACCUGCUGGAUCUUCAUGCGCAUGAAGUUACCUGGCUACUUCUAGUGGUAUGCUUGAGGACAAUGGAAAUUGUCUUCGUGAAUAUGCGAUCGUCGGUUGACGCUGCUACGUACUUCGUGCUACAAUAAUGGAUACAGGAAUGAGGGUAUUGAGGAACUGAAGGAAACAGAAAGUGUAGUAAUUGAGCAUGCAGUAAAUUCGAAGUGUAUAUCAAUUUUUAUUAUUUUAUUGACGUUGUAUUUAAAGCUUCACACAGUCAUAUUAUUAUACCUCUCAUUAAAACUAAUUCUUGAAUGGUAAACAUAAUCUCUUGAAAAUGUGUGUUAAAUAAUUCGAUAAUAAAAUCUUAUAAAUCUACUA